CGCACUUCCUUCCCCGACCAUCAUGGCCUCAGGUGCAAUUGACCGACGCAGAAUUAACGGGCCCGAGGAGAGCUUUCCUCCAGUAUAUGACGAUGAGGAUGUCCCCCAGCCGUCCACGACGCGCUCUGGCAGAGGAGAGCUCGACAUACGCCCGAUCUUCCUCCGCCCCGGCCUCAUCAGCCAGGCGAACGGCUCCGCCUACAUUGAAGCUGACAAGAUCAAGAUCGCCUGCGCCGUCUACGGCCCGCGGCAGAACAAGAACGUCGCGUACAGCGAGCAGGGCCGGCUGAACGUUGAGGUCAAGUACGCGCCGUACGCGACCGCGCGCCGCAAGGCGCCGCUUCGGGACGCUGAGGACCGCUCGAUCGGUGUUGCGAUUCACCAGGCGCUGCUGGCGUCCGUGAGGCUGGAGCUGCUGCCGAAGUCGACGGUGGAUAUCUUCCUGGUGAUUAUCGAGGCGGACGGGAAGGAGGCGUCGAUUGCGAGCGGGGCUGUGGCUGCGAGCGCGGCGCUCGCGGACGCGGGCAUCGAGAUGCUCGGGUUAGUGUCGUCUUGUUCGGCGGCCGUGACCGGGGACAAGAUCUGGCUCGACCCCUCAGCAGCCGAGUCAGAACAGGCCGAUGGAACCGUCAUCCUCUCCUGCAUGCCCGCCCUCGACUCCGUCACCAGCGUGUGGCAAUCGGGGCGUUUACCACCGCAAAAAGCUUUGGAGUGCAUGCACGCCUGUCAGCAGAAGUGCGUAGACAUUCACAGCGUCGUAGCACAAGCGUUGUUAGAACAUCAUCAGACCCAGACGAGUUGAAUGCAUUGAAGUUGUACCAUCGCA